GAUGGUUUGAGCUAGGGUUUUGAAAUGUUCAGUCGUACCCUAACCAGCUAACUUCUACUGCCUUUGACGACGAUGCUCCACUCGACCAUCCGCCGCCAUGCGCUUCUUCCCUUGCCCCAAUUCCACCGCAUCUUCUUCGCCACCUCCACUUCCUCCCCCCUGUCAGGCGGCAGCACCUCUUCUCGUGAUUCUCACUUCAUGGUCGAGUACCUCGUGAACUCGUGCGGAUUCUCCGUGGAGGAGGCGUCGAAGGCCUCCAAGCCCCUCGCGCAUCUCCGAUCGACCGAGAAUCCCGACGCUGUUCUUUCUUUCUUCAGAUCUCAAGGCAUUGAUGGUGCAAAUCUCAGGAAGAUAAUAUCCAUCCGACCCUCAUUCCUCUGCUGGAAUGUGGAAUCAAACCUCACCCCGAAGUUUCAAUUUUUUCGCGACCUGGGGUUGUCAGAAUCCGACCUCGUUGCUGUCAUCAUGAAGAACCCCUCCAUCAUAUCCUUCAGCAUCCAGCAUACUCUUCUCCCCAGAUUGAAUGUAUGGGAAAACCUCUUUGGAUCAAGGGAGCUGCUCCUCAAGAAUAUUAGGAAGCGGUGUUGGUUUUUGAACAACAGGUGUGAAAAUGUGGUACGUCCUAACCUGAACUUCUUGCGGGAUGAGUGUGAUAUUCCUCUCGAAAGGGCAUCACUUGUCCUCAAAAAACAUCCAACUUUCAUUGCACAAAACCCAAACUCAUUACGGGCGUUGGUAGAUAGAGCGGAGGGAAUGGGAUUUACUAGGAGAUCUCGAAUUUUCCUCUGGAUCCUUGACAUUCUGUUUAGGACCAGCAGGGAAAAAGUUGACGCUCACUCCAAGCUCAUGAGCAGCUUUGGGUGGUCGAACUUGGAGUUCUGUACUGCGAUCGAAAAACAACCAGGCUUCUUAAAUAUUUCCACAGAUAUCUUACGGUUAAAGAUGGAAUUUUUGAUCAAGGACAUUGGGUUCACCCCAUCAGGCAUUGCUAAACAGCCGAGGCUUUUAGUAUUCAGUUUGAAAAAGAGGACGAUUCCUAGGUUUCAGGUCAUGAAGAUAUUAAAAUCAGAAGGGUUGUGGACUUCAAACGACAAGCAACUUAUGUUUUUCACAAUGCCAGACCCAAAAUUUCUGGAGAAGUAUAUUCUUCCUUACAAAGAUAAAUUCCCUAAACUACUUGAGAUCUCGUGUGCUGUAGCUGAAUGAUGGUUGGAUAAUUGAAACUGCAAAAGCGAACAAGGAUGUUGAACUAAUCUUGUAGUUUUUUUGUAGAAGGGAUUAUCUUAGAAAAUGGAGGAUUGGGCUCUGUGCAAAUUAUUCCAGCAAUUGAAGGGCAUGAAAUUUUUCACAAGCUUUUCUCAUUGAUAACAAGCUUUAUGGAAGGCGUUUCUUGUUCUUAGAAGGCAAUUCACUCCUUCUUGCCGGCCUCCUCUGCACCUACAAUUGGUAUCAGAGCUCGACCGCCUCAGAAUGACUAAUCGGCAACUGAAGCACAAAGAUCAAGACGAUGGUCGGAGCUAACAUUCAUUCCCCGAAGUUCGACGGAGAUUUCGCUACAUGGAAAGCGAAAAAUGGAGGCGUCAAAAGGGUCGUGGACCCGAUCAGAUUAAACCACAUUUGGGCUCAAAUCUAGGGCUAAACAAGUCGAUCAUGUCUUGGAGCGAUUGAGAUCGUUCAUUGAAGAUAAGAGAGAUCUGAGUCAUCCGUCAAGGAUCUGGUCCAUCCAACCUAAUGAGAAGCAGAUUUCAUCCGUUGAUGAAGAUCCAAAUCCAAGACGCUCUAGCCAUUGAUCAAAACCUGAAUUAAUCUGGACCGUUGGAUCAGAUUGGAAGAGGUUUAAAACUGGAGAAGCUACAGUGGCUUCGACGAGCUCAGCGUUUUCACGAUUUCAGCACUGUUCCUUCUCCUUCUUCAACGACGUCGAAGCCUCCCAUUCUACUUCCAGAUCUAAAAACCUAAUCUCUUCAUCUCUGGUGAGAUUACAAUGAUCCGGCGACCAACAAUCCAAGAGCAGAGCGCGAAUUGAGGGCAUUCCCUGUUUGUGGUCUUGAUUCCAGCGAGCGCAUCCAAGCCAAGAUUUGAGGGUGUUCCUCGAUCUUGUGCUACCAUCAUCCAACGGAGGUGCCAGAGAGCGUUCCCCAGCAUUUCCGAUUUCACUCCAUCAUCGAUUUCACCUCGCGAUUCUAGAAUAUCCUCUGUUUCUCGGCGGUUGGUGAAUUCAGAGGGUUCUGAGCUAGUUAGGGCGUUCCCAGUAGCUUUUGACUUUUCCUGAAUGAGCUGCAAGUUCAUAUUUUCGUUGCUGAGUGCUCGAAGAGCGUUUCCAGAAGCAAUUCAGUGACACGGCAGAGAGGAGAGGUUCGGUUGUAGAUUUUGGAUUGUGGAGUGUUAUUAGUUAGUUUUUUUUAUCUGUCAUUCCUUUGCUCAGAUCUAAAGAUCUGAUAGAUAGAUUGCACUUUAUUCUUUAUUUUGCAUUGCCUACUUCAGUUUUUCAUUGAAUUUUCUUAUGCAAUUCCAUUUUUGAUGUUCUUACUUGCCGUUCUGAUUUUAUUGAAUUUCUAUAAUCCAAUCCUUUUUACAGCUACCUAAUUAGUUUGCAAUUUAGAUUCUGAUUUGAAUUAGAAGUUCUGAUUAACACAAGUUUGUUUAGUUUUGGUUAUUUAGUUAGUUAAUUUUUGUUCUCUGCAUUGGAUUUAUGGUAACUGACAUGGAGUUUCAACGUUGAAUGCUUACUUGAGCUUUCGAUUGUUACCUAAAUUGUAUAUUAAUGAUCAAGUGUGAGAUUGGAUAAUUUGUUAGUUAACGAACUUGAGUCAAAUGAUAAUAGAGUGAUGCUAAUUUGAUGAGGUGGAGUUGAAUCAUGUUUAGAUGAUGAUGACCUUUCUUUGAUUCAAUUCUUGAAUUAAUUAAAUGAAAACAAGUUGCAAAGUGAAUCAAAUGGAAAAACUUAAUUGACCUUGUUGAUGUAAUAAUUUGAUUUGAAUCAAUUCUAGAAUUAACACACAUACUUUUUACUAG